CAAGGCUGGGUGGGAGUCUUUGAGGAAGAGGUGCAGGUUGUUGUGAACACCAAAACCUCCGGACUACCAAAUUUUCCGAAUAAUUGGGUUGAUUAAGGGAGCUGACGGUCGAGUUUGUUGAUUUAAUACCGUUAACGUUACAGAUAACCUGGUACAGCAGGGAAACCGGCCGGGAAGCUAACGUUACCGCGCAAACAGGACAAGCUCGCUUCUUUGUCAGUUAAACUACGUGGAUAACGUUAAAAACACGGAGGAAAAUGUCGGGAGAGCCGAUUCAAAUCACACUGGAAACAACCACGGGGGCCCCGAGCGCGUUCCCGGUGGUUUUGAAGAAAAUAAUGGAAAUGCCUCCGCCGAAUAUACUCGACGGCGACGACGACACUGAUAAGGAAAAGCUGUGUCUGGGAGAUAAUGUUGACCUGGGCGGGGGAGGUAGCGACAUGGGUCCUUCAGCUGCCCUGACCCCCGCUAUCUGGGAUAAAACUAUUCCCUAUGAUGGUGAAACCUUCCACCUGGAGUACAUGGACCUUGAGGAGUUCCUCAUGGAGAAUGGCAUCGCCACGUUACCUGAAGAGGAUUCCUUAAAGUGCAGCCCAGAAGGAAACGCCGUGAAGACAGAGAAACUAAAAGCUACCCCCUCCACACAGAUAAAGGCUACCAAGCCAGCAAGUGCCUCACCCCUUGCCCUGCUUCCCAUCCAGGAACUGGACAAGUGUGAGGAGGAAGUGGUAAUCCUCACCAAUCAGGACUCUAUCAUCUGUGAUGUUACUGCAGAGGUGACCACUGAAGAGGACAGAGUGACCCCCGAGCCCAUCAACCCCGAUGAAAUUGAAGUCAAUGUCAACUACGAACCAGAUCCCACUGACCUGGUUCUGUCAAGUGUGCCGGGAGGCGAGUUGUUUAACCCCCGCAAACACAAGUUCUCUGAAGAGGAGCUCAAGCCUCAGCCUAUGAUCAAAAAGGCCAAGAAGGUGUUUGUGCCUGAAGAACAGAAGGAUGACAAAUACUGGCAGAGAAGGAAGAAAAACAACGUAGCUGCCAAACGCUCACGUGAAGCCCGCAGGUUAAAGGAGAACCAGAUCACGGUCCGAGCAGCUUUCCUGGAGCGCGAGAACGCAGCGCUGCGGUCAGAGGUCGCCGACCUACGGAAGGAGUGCGGCCGCUACAAGAACGUCGCGGGUCGCUACGAAGCCAAAUUUGGACCACUUGAGGCGCCGGAAGACCAAUAGACAACAAUUGAUUUAUUUGUCUAAUGAAUGAAUAAAUCAAACCAGUGGGGAUGGUAUGUGAAAACGGUAGAAUCGAUCAGAUGAAGAAGAGGAUAAAGAGAUGGAGAACGUGGGAGCAGGACUGAUUUUGGUUUUUAUUUAUUUUUGUGUGGGGUUAUUUUUUUUUUUUUUAUUUUAUCUUUUUAUCCUAUCUACCAUCCAUGUGAGCAGUUUCCAUAACAAGACGAGUGUGAAAGGAUAUUCAAGUGCUUCUUCAGUACACCUCUUUAUGAAGUGUACUUGUGUACUCAUGUUUUGUAUGCCUUCAGCCGAAAGAGAUCAUUUGUGAUUAUUUUGUUACUCAUUAUUAUUAUGUAGGGGUGUCACGAUUUUAAUGAAAGUUCGAAAUGAGCUCUCCGUAUCGACCUACAAUAUCCAAAGCAGAUUCUCCUAGCUGUUGCUUAAAGAAAGGGAAUGUUCCCAAUGCACAAGUGGUGUAAGGACAGUAUACACGUGCAUUUGAGCAUCUGAAUGUCAGUGUAGAAGUUCUGGUGACUUUUCUUUUUUUCUCUCUCCGCCCCUGCUUACUUGUGCGUGUCAGAAGUAAAAAAAAACAAAAAAAAACAGCAUAGCUUAGCCUGUAGCUGCACUAUGAGACACUGUAGUCACAGUAGUAGUUGGAGAUGACAGAGGAACAACAAAACCUUUCUACUUGUGCUUUGUAUAUUUGUAUCUGUAUAUUGUCACUUGUAAUGUUUUUGUUACCUGCCCAGGGACUGCGGAUGUGAAUUGGCAUUCUUGCUAAACUCCGGCAUCUUUUUACAUCUUGUAUUUUUAUACUGAUGUUCAAUAAUGUGCUUUGUCCCUAACAAAUAAGUAGAACUGGAAAAUCCUCCUGCUUCUUCUCUGCUUCUCUGAAGUCACCUUUGUGGCAACAUUUUGCCUUCCCUGUGAGUUAUGUCAACAAUGAGUGUGUCGUUGACAGAAAAACUCCAGUUUGUAGGCUAUGCAACACACUGGUACCAUACACCACCUCAGGCACCACAACAAAUAUGGCAGGUCAUGUUUGCCAGCAUCAGAAACAAAUUAUGAGGAAACUCAAGCUGUUGUUGUAAAGUACCCUUCUGCCAUCUAGUGACUGUUACUUUUAUUUUUGUGUUCACCAGUUUGUUCCCCAGUGAUGGGUGACAUAAGUUAUUGUUACAUUUUAAUAAAUUAUUUAAAUUUGACCAUAUGGCCUUAGUGUGGUACAUUCCAAAAACAAUGUGGCGUUUAUAUCACACUUCAGACCAUAAAGCCAUAUCUAUCUUUUUGAAGGAGAAUUUGAAAACGUAAACUGGGCGGGAAAUAGUUUAAAUCGAAUUGUGCAUUUGGAAAAUUGUGACACCCCUAUUAUAGAAAUAAACUGAAAAUUUUGAUGAAUUCUGAAACCAACUUGCCCAUUAUAUUUUCAAAUGUAUAUUAUGUGGCAAGUUAUGUGAAGAGCUGGGCUUUUCUUUGCCCACACAAACUUUGACUGUGACAUUUCCAAUAAUUUAAGCUUCUUCAGGGGAUUACAGUGACAUGGCAAAAAAAGAGCGCAGCCAUGUUCACUUCUCUUCAUGUACAAGUACUCAUUACCAGCAACACUGAGCUGUACAUGCACGCUCUGCUCUCCGUGUUUUCAAUGUAUGUCCCACUGUCGUUUUUGUCACGUGGUAAGACGCCUGCUUAGCCUCUGCAGGGCGUCAAUGUUGACUCGUCCAGUCACGCCAGUAACGCUUCAGAAGUGUCAUGUAGAGUCCAUUGAUGCAUGUACUGUAAAUAGUAAAAUGUAAAAAUCAUACUUUGUAUCUGAGUUUGAAGUCUACAGUGCAAGUCAAGUUUUUUGAACAACAUUUUAGUUUUGGAUAUCAAGCAAUGAAAUUGUAAACUUACAGUACAUUUCCUGUCCCUGAUGAGCUGACAUUUGCCUCCACAAUGACUGUUAAUGUCUCAAAAUGUGUGUUUAAGGCAGGCUGUCGGGUGCUAACAGGAGUUUAAUUUGUGCCUUAAUAAAGGCAGCGUGAGGUGAACUGUUUGACUUAUUAGCCUAAAAACUCCCAUACAGGGCUAGCAUCAGCUAUGAGACAAUGUAAAGUAGGUUAUGUGCUAAUUAAAGUGAUCAAGCUCCUACUUCCCUGUCAUUCACAAUAUAUUGCUUGAAAUGAACAUUCACAAAACUAGGUAUUCAAAAACUUUUGACUUGGUGUGUAUGCGCAUUUCAACUGUAUCAACUGUUAAGUUUUUAGGACAUGGUGUUAGACACAUUUAUCCGACUUAAUUACCCAACUUUUAUUAUUCAUUUAAAAAAUUGUGUCUGAACUUCUUUACUUGUUCUUUUUGACGUCUGGAAGCUGGCAGUUUUUGUUCUUUUUAUACAAACCAGGAAGCCUCAAUAGGCUGUGUUGGAUCUUCUCUUUCAUCGACAAGAAACCCCCAUUUCACUGAAGUUUACAGGGGGGCGUAUUGUAACAUAACUCAAAUUAGAGUUGUGACUUAAACCCAGCAUUAUUUUGCUUUCCAAUUCUGACAAAAGGGGGGAGCUGUUGUUUUGUUCUUUAUUAAACCUUUUUGGGGAAAGGGUUUCCAAGUGUAAAGAAUGUUAUCCAAGGAGAAACUCUUCUCAGGUGUUUAAACUCAUCUAGAUUCUUUCUUUUGACAUUACAACCUGCGGUAAAUACGACUGUCUGUUUUAACAUCAGGCUUUUUUGUUACAAAAUCCUUUUUAAGGAAAAAGUCAGGUUGACCACAUGUAUCUAUAGUGAUCUUUGUAGGAACAGUUUUGCUCCUAGCAUCGUUGGUGUCAGAAUGAGUCACAUUCUCCAUCAUAAGGUCUCUGAAGUGUAAAUUUUAAAUUUCAUUAACUAUGAGCUUCCUGAUUCGUUUGAAUCUUUUUUUUUAAAUGCAUUCUGCUGUAAUAGAGGUUGCAUCUGCCUUCUAUCUGAAACAGGUCAAUCUGUUAUCUUUGACGGUUUGUUUUUAAUCUUCCUGGUUCCGUCUUUGUAUUUCUUUGUAAAGAAACGUCAUGACAUUUUGGGUGAAGGUACCUUUUGUGUCUUGUGUAUAUAAGGUAUGAAAAAAUAAAGCCUUGUUGAGAAA